UGAAAGUAAGCAAGGCAAGCGUUUUAAAAACGUAAAUAACGAAUAAUUGUGAUUGUGAAGAAAUGGCAGGCUUCUUCCAGCGAGACCUGGAUGCUGACUACUUUGUAGAUGAUGACAGUGACGUUGAAAGAGGCAGCAGUUCAGAUGAUGAACUUGAUUUCACCAUCCACUGUGCUAAUCAGAAGAGAGUGCGAGUCCGGCACAGCUCCGUUUCCAGUAAAGGCUCAUCAGCUGAGUCUGAUUUCGAGAAAGAGAUGAACGAGGAAUUAGAUCGGAGAGUAACAGCGUUGGAGGAGGCUCGGAAAUCAGGACAGACAAUAUCAGGCAGUAAGAAUGGAGAGACUUCAAAACCAGGAACCUCUAGUGAACGGAGUAAACAGGACAAUGGUUUUAACGAUGACAUAUAUUUCGACUCAGAUGAAGAGGACAUGAUUAAAGGGGGGGACAAGAAGAAGAGAGAGAAAUUGGAGAAGAUGACGAACGAUGACCUUUUAUAUGACCCUGACCAGGACGAUGAUGACCAGCGCUGGGUGGACAAUCACCGGCGGUCACUCAUGGCCAGGGACAGGAAAGCCCCUAGAAAAUUACCCACUAGUGAUGCGGUGCUGGACUGUCCCGCCUGUAUGACCACGCUGUGUCUGGACUGCCAGAAACAUGAAAAGUACCACAACCAGUAUAGGGCCAUGUUUGUGAUGAACUGUCAUGUGGACUUUAGUGAAUUACUGAAACAACCACCACAGAAAAGCAAGAAAAGGAAAAGACAGCAGGGCUCACAAGGUAGUCAGCAGCAGGAGGUGGAGAGUUCCACAGAGGAGGAAGAAAAGCUCCAUCCUGUGAGGUGUACAGAGUGUAACACAGUGGUGGGGGUGUUUGAUACAGACGAGGUCUAUCACUUCUUUAAUGUCCUUGCUGGUCACUGAAAUUCUCUGGUACAGGAAACAAGAGUUCACUUGUUUGGAUUUCGUCUAAUGGCCAUUUCAGAACAUUCUGAAAAA